AUGAAAUGCGUCGGCAGGGGAAGAGAUUUACCUGACAGAUCAAGAAGAGGCGGAUCCCAUGGACGCGACCUUCCUGUCGAAGCCGAAACCCGUGAUGUGCAAUUUCGUGUCCCCGUGAGAACUGGGCUACACGGGCUACUCGUUGUUCAAAGGAUGCGAAUCGAGUCUAUGGAGGUGUUGUCAGAAGACAUGAUAGACCAACUGCGGAUGAUGGAAGAGGAGAUGCAGGACAUUGCCUCCUCAUUGCAUCCCAUCGACUACCUGGAUGCAGUCGUCGAAAACAUCUGCGACGUGUCCGGCGCCUGUGCCGACCUCUUCGAAUCCAUGGUUUUGAUUCUGAGCCUGUCGCUGAUCAUUGGAGCUCGAGAUGCCAAUAGCUGUUGUGGUGCCGUACUUCUUCACCUCUUUGCCACUGUGGAUCGUGGCCGCUGGAAAUUUGGCCUGCACUUUGGUCGCUCAUCGAAGCCAUGUCCGGAAUCACUUCACCUCGAGGCAGGUGCGAUGGUACAUGCGGGUGAACUUGCUGUUCGUCGUUGUGUUUGUGCAACUGGUGCAGAUCCUGGUGAGCUACUUCGAGUACGCUACAGGAGGCAUCACCAUCGAGGUCUUUUGGCAUCUGACCGAUCUCCAUCAUGGGUCAAAUCGCCCCUGAGAUUUGUGUGGUGUCCAGUGAGUUCUGCACUGGCAUUGAGUAUUGGCCAGUGA